GAACAACUCACAAAGCUACACAGUGUGCCUUCUCUCACUCUAUCCAGGCUACUACACUGGCGUAUCGUAUUACAAUACCAACAACGUGGUGCUAUCUGGCCGUGCGGCCUUGGUGUGUCUUUGGUGUUAGUCAGGGAGCACAGUUCAGCAGUUAAGAUUGCAUCCUUGUAUAGGCUGAAAACACAAGCCCCAGUCGUCGAUAGUUUAGAAUGGAGACACCUCUUGGCGUUGCCAUUAGAAAUGAUGGCUGGGAAGAGUAUCCUGACUUGGGAUCAGACUAUGACGACGUCCCAAGUGAUGUAGAACAAGCGCUGCUGCAACAGUUUCACUACGCAUCUACCAUACGUGUGCAAUCCACACAUCUGCCUGUCAUUGAGCCAUCGCGAACAGAUGCUGUGUCGUGUGGCGAUGGUGGCACACGAGGAUCUAUGACUAGCGUUGUUGAUAGUAAAAUGUAUGAUGCACAUAGUAGUAUGCGGGAGAUACCUGCCUUAACAAAUGGUAUAAACGAGGUGAAGUCCUACAUAUGCAUAUCGAGCGACGAGGACGAUGUCAGCAAGUUCGAUGUGAUAGAUAUAGAUGCAGACGACGAUGAUCUAGAAGGUACGGGGAAGGGUAACAACAGACGCAAGCUCGAUCGUCUCAAAGGCAAGGAUGAAAUGUUCAGAAAUGUGGUGACACGCGCUGCGGUAUUGGACAGCGAUAGCGAUGAUGAACACGUGAUAGAAGGAGGUGCACUGCAAGAACGCACUGAGCAACCAUUGCAGGAUAGUAUUAUUGGUACAAGCAGUGCCAAAGCAACUGAGUUUCACAUUGCUAGUUCUACUGAAAAUAGCGUGGUUGAUGCUGGUAGCAGUCUGACACAGGUGCACGUUCUAGAGGUGACCCAAGUGAGUGGGAAUGGCAGGCCCAGCUUUGACAUACCGACUAUGAUAGACACUGUGUUCAGCUCAGACCCAACCGAUGAGACUGUUGGAACGUCCCUGCGAAGCUUUCUGCUUGACAACAAAUCGACAGGCGUUGGCGCUACUCAGGGCCUUGACGAUUGGAACGUCGAGGCCGACGCAGCUGCGACUACAAACCUCCGCGAGCGCUAUUGGGCUGACCCCGACGCACCCGCCACAACAAUGAACAAAUGGCAACAGAACCGCAUGGUUUUUGAGCAGUGCUUUGUGUGCCGCGAGGGUGGUCACAUGGGCCGAGAUUGUCCUAACCGUGAGAGCGCUAUUUGCGAUGCGUGUGGAUUUGUGGGGCACCGGACGUGGUGUUGUCCGAUAGAAGUGUGCAGUCGAUGUCAG